AGAUUGACCCAAACACUAAGAAGAACUGGGUUCCCACCAGCAAGCAUGCUGUUACUGUGUCCUACUUCUAUGACAGCACAAGAAAUGUCUAUAGGAUAAUUAGUUUGGAUGGCUCAAAGGCAAUAAUAAACAGCACCAUCACCCCAAACAUGACAUUUACUAAAACAUCCCAGAAGUUUGGCCAGUGGGCAGACAGCAGGGCAAAUACGGUCUAUGGCUUGGGAUUUUCAUCUGAACAUCACCUUUCAAAAUUUGCUGAAAAAUUUCAGGAGUUCAAAGAAGCUGCUCGAAUAGCAAAGGAAAAAUCCCAUGAAAAGAUGGAGCUAACAAGUACACCCUCUCAAGAAUCAGCUGGAGGGGAUAUUCAAUCUCCUUUAACUCCGGAAAGCAUUAACGGGACAGAUGAUGAGCGAGCGAUGCCAGAAGUGACGCAGAACUCAGAACCAAGGGCUGAACCAACACAGAACGCAUUGCCAUUUACCCAUAGUUCGACAAUCAGCAAGCAUUGGGAGGCAGAACUGGCCACACUCAAGGGUAAUAAUGCUAAGCUCACAGCAGCCCUGCUGGAGUCCACUGCCAAUGUGAAACAAUGGAAACAGCAACUUGCUGCAUAUCAGGAGGAAGCAGAACGUCUUCAUAAGCGGGUGACUGAGCUAGAGUGUGUGAGCAGUCAAGCCAAUGCCGUCCACACACACAAAACAGAAUUAAACCAGACAAUACAGGAAUUAGAGUCUACACUGAAGAAAAAAGAAGAGGAAAUAGAAGGAUUGAAACAAGAAAUUGAAAAUGCCAGAGAGCUCCAGGCACAAAGGGAUUCUCUGACCCAGAAGUUACAGGAAGUAGAAAUUCGAAACAAAGACCUGGAAGGACAGCUGUCUGAUCUAGAGCAACGUCUGGAGAAAAGUCAGAAUGAGCAAGAAGCUUUUCGCAAUAACUUGAAGACACUUUUAGAAAUCCUUGAUGGAAAAAUAUUUGAACUAACAGAAUUACGAGAUAACUUGGCCAAGCUAAUAGAAUGCAGUUAA